GCAGUAUUUAUAUUUUUGGUGAAAAUUACACAUCCUGCUGUAUUUAUUUACUCUUUAGCUGUGUAAUUGCAGACAGUCCCUAGGCUGCACAGCUGACGUGCUGAACAUUGUGGCGCGAAUUAUAUUUUGUAAGCAGUGGAAAAGGAAAUCUGAGAAAAGUCUACUCUGUGGGCGGCUAGCUCUUCGUAGCAUACAGGUCUUAUCAAGAUGAUGCGGAAAAAGCGAGGCUCGUCUCUGGAUAAUGGAGAGAAAAACGCCUCCUCAACUGCUAAAGCAAAGAAGAUUCGUACCACUGGCCACCAGUCUAAUGUGUCAGCUCAACAAGAGACCAUUGAAAAUGUUUUUAACAUGUUUGUGCGAGAGGCAGGCGUCACAUUGACUCAAGGCAGCGUGUCCAACGAGAUUGCUGUUGACCAGGUGGUGUUUCAAAAAAGGAUAAGGCAAAAGAUACAGAAGAGUCCCAGAUACCCUGGUGUUGUGCAGGAAUUCAUCAGUGGACUAGAGUCUCAUAUUGAGGAUGCAGACAGGUUUAGGAAUUGCCUCCUCCCAUGUGUUCCAAGACUGCCCGAUGGUGAUACCAGCUGUGUCAGCUCCUUCCAGGAAAGCUUGGUCCGCAUGCUGCUUGGCAUUGAGAUGCUUCAGACUCCUAUUAUUAACACGUUGCUUGAGAAAUUACCUGAAUAUAUGCUCAGCAGUGGUGACGAUGCUGGGCUCAGUAUUCCACGCAUUAUCAUCAAUCAGCUCAAGUGGCUUGACAGAGUGGUGGAAAGCAAGGAGUUGGCAACCAAGCUCAUGGAGCUGCUGUCAGUGGCACCAGUGGACGUCCAGCGUGAUAUUAUCACCAGCCUGCCGGAAAUACUGGAGGACACCCAACACAAUGAUAUAGCCAGGGAGUUAAAUUCUUUGCUGAAGGAAAACACUCAGUUAACUGUUCCUAUCUUGGAUGCCCUCUCAAGUUUGAACCUCAGCUCAUCAUUACUGACUGAGGUCCGUGGAGCUGUUAUGAUCACCUUGGCUGCCGUGCAACUGGAAGACUUGCCUGUGGUGGUCAAAUUUAUUCUGCAUUCCAUUUCAGCGUCUGAUGCCUAUGAGGUUGUGAGUGGGCUUCGUAAGAAACUAGAACUGGAGAAUUGUGUACUUCCUCCUGUGCUGGAAGCAUCCCAGAGCCGCAUGAAGACCAAAGGAGCAGCAGUGUCCAACUCGGUUACAGUGAACACUGGCAGCCAGGAUGUCAUUACCCUGAUUGUAGAUGCCAUCAAGACGGCGGUGCGCUUCCAGAAGACCAUUUCUGAGGCCUGGCUCAAGGCAAUUGAGUCUGUAGAAGAAGUGGAGGACCAUAAGGUAAUAGAUCUACUAGUGUUGUUCAUCCUGCACUCCACCAACGCCAACCAGAGUCGGCGUGGCGCCGAAAAGUUGCUGAAGAUGAAAGUGAGGACUGGCCUGAUCUCUGAGGUGCUGCUGCAGAAAACUUUCAAAGAUAACAAGCAGGUUCUGCGGAGCUAUUUCUCUUCCAUCCUCGCUCUGGCCCAGAGCUUGCUGCGGUCGCCAGACCCUUGCGUGGUCCCGUAUGCUGGGCACAUGUAUCGGCAUUCCUUCACUGCUUUUGAUACUUACUGCCAGCAGGAGGUGGUGGGCUCUCUGGUGACCCAUGUGUGCAGUGGUGUCGGUGGCGAGGUGGACAUGGCCCUCGAGCUGCUCUGCGGCCUGGUGACUGAAAAGCCUAUUGAAAUGGGGCCGUAUGCUGUUUUUGUCAAGGGGAUUCUGGACUACCUUGACAAUUUAACACCCCAGCAGAUUCGCAGACUUUUCCAUUUGUUGAGCAGACUCGCAUUUGGACCGCAACAAGCCUCACACAUUCAGGACGACAUGCACAUUGUUAUUCGCAAACAGCUUUCAAGCACUGUGCCCAAGUACAAGCGAAUUGGCAUUAUUGGCGGUGUUAUGAUCAUAGGCAGCAUGGGAGCACUUAGACCUCAAAGCAGAGACACUCAAAGCAGCUCGUUACCACCAGAGACGUUCAGACAAUUGUCUGCCCUGUUGGAAUUGGUGCAAUCUAGUAGUGAGACCUCAGCCGAAGCUGCAGCUUUGUACUAUGAUGAGCUUGCUAAUCUGAUUCAGACCUCAACUCUGGAACCACAAGUGCUGGACAAGAUCAGCAAGAGAGUCUUGGAUGUCUUUCAGGGUGACUUUGUGGUAGAUCUGGGUCCAGAAAUCUCGGGGGCUUUCCCCUUCCCAGCUCGUGUAAUGUACGACCUGGAUGAGGACGAGAGUCAAGGAGGCAUUGCCAUCAACUUGAUGCCCAUGCUUGCCAAUGAUAUGUACAACAGGGCGGAACAGCGUAGUCGAGACAAGAGGGAUAACAACAGGAGUUCUCUUUAUUUGUCUCCAUUUUUCCGCCUGCUGCGUUUUUGUGAGGAGAAACAGAACAAAGGAGACUUAGAGGAGAUUGAUGCCUUACUGGGCUGCCCUCUCAUCCUAACAGACAUUAAUGUUGUGGAAAAAAUGGACAGCCUGUCCAAAGUGGAGAAGGAGUUUUUAUGCACUCUGCUAUUUCACACCACCAACUGGUUCAGAGAGGUAGUAAAUGCCUUCUGCAAGAUCAAGGACAAAGAGAUGAAGAUGAAAGUAAUGACCCGUCUGCAGAACAUCACCUACCUUCAUACCCUCUUGGAGAAAGCUUUAGCCGGAACUCCUGGCUAUGUUCCACCUGUUGCUAACUUUGAUGGAGAGAGUACAGACACGAUUGUACCCAACACCGUUGCCCCUGUGAAUAAGACAAAGAAAGAAAACUCCGGGAAGAAGAGGAAGGCACCUGGGAAGAAUUCCUCUCAAGGGAGCUCUCCGAUGGACGACAAGAUUGAAGAAGAUGAAACGCAGCAGGAGCCAGAGAAGGAGAAAGAGAAGGAGGCCCGUCAAGGAGUCAGUCUGUCAUCCUACAGGGCAUUUUUCAGGGAGCUCGACAUGGAGACGCUUAGUGUACUACAGUGUGGCUUACGAGCCCGUUCAACGUCAGACUCUGAGCCAGGAAACAUGGAUGUUCUGUUGGGUCCAGCAGAACUGGUUUUCCUGCUGGAUGAUAUGCUUCGCAAAUUGGAGUUUCGACUGACGGCCGGUCCUGCCAAGAAAGUACCUUUUCUCAAGGCAAGGACUGACAAGACAGUUGGCUUUUCCCACCUUCAGCAGAGAAGCCCUAAGGAUGUAGCUACCUUCUGCGUCCAGAUGCUUCCUUCCCUCUGCUCUCACUUGGAGAACUGCCACCACUAUUUUCAGACAUUGCUCUCAGACAACGAUGGUAUUGUGGAUGGGCCCACUACAGAUGCUCAAGAGCACCACUUAAUAUCUUCUUGCUGCCAUCUUCUUCUGCAGGUUUUCAACACCAUUUUCAGCUGGACUGGAUUCAGCCAGCCGGGCCAUCGAAGCUUGCUGAAGAAAGCUUUAAGAGUUUUUGCUGGACGUCUGAAAGAUGGAGGAGAUGAAUUGAACUUGGACUUGCUUGUGAAACACAGCUUUGAAUACCUGCUGAACUUCCACAGCACCAUUCCGAAUCUCAGCUCAGCUCUGUGUCUCUCACAGUUGUUGUUGACUGUGUCAGAGAAAGGAAGCAAAACUACUGCCUACAGGGAGCAGAUCGCUUCUCUUGCACGGGGCUUCCUGAGCCAGUCGUGGGUGACAGUAAGUGGUGAGAAGCAACGAGGGACCAAAUUCAAUGAAGCACUUCAUGCACUUCUUAGCAUCUACAUAGAGCAUGUAGAUGAUGUUCUGAAAGCGGUGGAGGAAAUAGCUAACGAGGGGUUCCCUCAGAUCAUUGAGGCAUCAAAAGAUGAAAGCUCUGCCUCCUGGCCGACACUAAGCAGGCAGACAUUCCUUGUCUUCUAUAAAGUUUUGAUGGCAGAGCUGGAAAAAUCAGUUCGGAAGAUUCCAUCAGGCAAAAUCAGUGAUAACAGCGAGGCCCAGAGUGAGAAACUACUGACAUGGAACCUGGCAGUCAGGGACUUUCACAUCCUGGUCAAUCUCGUCAAGGUGUUUGACACGAGGCCUGUCCUGAAUGUGUGCCUCAAGUACGGACGUCUUUUCUUGGAGUCUUUUCUGAAGUUGGGGAUGCCGCUGCUUGACUACAGUUUCAAGAGGCACAAGGGGGAUGUCCAGAACCUGUUGAAGACCUUCCAGCUGAGCACCCGGCAACUGCAUCACAUGUGUGGGCACUCAAAGAUUCACCAGGACACAAGUUUGACGAACCAUGUGCCGGCCAUGAAGAAGAGUCUUGAGCUGUUUGUCUACAGAGUGAAGGCCAUGUUCACCCUCAACAACUGUCAAGGGGCCUUCUGGAUGGGCAACCUCAAGAAUCGCAACCUAAAGGGUGAAGAGAUUCUUUCUCAGCGGUCACAAGAAAGUGAGGAGGAAGAGGAUGAGGAGCAGGAAGAGCAAUUGUCUCCACAAGGCCAGUCGGAAGAGGAGGAGCAAGACAGCAAUAUUAGGACAAAAAGGAAGCGCGACACAGAGGAGAAUGAAGAUCAGGAUCAAACAGACGACUCUGAAACAUACUGAUACUUCAACAAAUGUAUUCAGCACAUUUUCCAUGAGAUCAGCAUUUAAUACACUGAUUAGCUAUCCUAUAACCCGAACUGGUCGCUAAACAACCAUUCACAGCUGUAGUCACUUUUUUUUUUUUUUUUUUUUUUUUUUAAUAUAUAUAUAUAUAUAUAUAUAUAUAUAUAUAUCAUUCGCACAUGUUUUGUGAGACUUUGUGUGUGUGUGCGUGAACCACUGUGUUUACCGAUAUAUGAAAAUAUUCAUAUUAUAUGCUUUACAGUAAUGUUGGGUUUGAUUGGAUUUAAAAAAUAAUUAAAAUGU